GUAUCAUACUUUCACAACAGAAUGUUGUUACUGCUUCUGUGCUCCUUGUUUCUGUGCAGAGCGGCGUUCGCUGACACAACCGUCACAAUCUACAACGAGUGGCUCUCCCAAGGUGGACGUGUACAUUAUGAACCUGAAAGAUGGAAUAAAAUAAACGGCCUCACCCAAGAGAACCUAAUUCCAAAGUGUAAAUCUAUCGGGACGGCGGCCGGACGGUGGGUGAACAGAGACCUGAGGGAUGAUUUUUUUCCAAAUUGGCCACAAAGCCCUACUCAGCCAGGUUACCCAGACCCGACGUACCUCCAGGACCCAGCACGCCAGACAAAGGCAUGGGCGAACUACAUGAUAGAACUGAAUGGCUAUGGAAAAAACAUCUCUAACAUGGUCUGGAACAUACAGGGUUUGAGCUGGCCGGUUUGGAUGAAUAAGUCGCAGCAUAAAGGCAUGUUCCCCAAUAACGUUGAUGCUGCAGCAGAACUUGUGUCACUGAUGGUUGAGGGUGCCAAUAAUUACACGGGAGGACGAAUUCCCUACAUGUUUGAAGUCAUUAAUGAACCUGAUUGGAAGGAAAAAUAUAUUGACCCACAAACUAAUGUUGACUACCACAGGGCCGUCGCUGACAAACUGAAAUCAAGAGUUGGAAUCAAAGUUGCUGGACCAUCGUACACAAGUAUGGCUUUACGACAAGCGGACGAAAAUAACUUCAGCUUCUGGAAGAGAACUGCUGAGUUUAUGGACAUGUCUCUUGAUCACUUGGACUUUUUCUCUUUCCAUUCCUACGACUUUCUCCGUUUUUCACGUGGAAAUUAUUCAUAUUUUGGCAUAAUUGAAGCUCGUUUGGUUGCUUCUCUGGACAUGGUGGAGAAUUACUCUUUCCUCAAGAAAGGAAAAUAUGUUCAGUUAGUGAACACUGAAUUUGGGAGAGGUAACGUUUUCGGGGUCAGUCCCAAUUUGGAAAAUGGACAGAUAGAGUUUGAAACCAUUUAUCAACCAAACGGCUUCAUGUUUAGCUUCCUUAAUAUGAGAGAGUUCAUAGACAGAGUUACCAUAUUUCUCCUCUCAAAUGAACAAUUCCCGGGUCAUCCUUCCAUCCGGAAUUCCUUAUUUACCGUUGAUGGUCAACCUCUUCAACCAACCAAAUUCUUCCUGUUUUGGCAAAACUUUACUAACGACCAAACGUUUCUCCGUGUUUCAAGUCCAUACAAUGGACAGGAGAGAAUGGUUUCGCCUCUUGCCCUGGCAAACCCUCUCACCAACGAGAUGGUAGUUCUUCUCCACAACUAUGGCAGUACAUUUGAGAAUGUUAAACUGGACUUUCCCAACAACUGGCUCAACCCUACCACGGGUGAAGAAACGUGUGUUCUGCUAGAAAAUGGUAAUCCAACCAUUCAUGCUGGUUACCAUUUCAACAUAUCGAAGGUUAAUGGCACUGUUGGUCUCCCCGGAUCAUCAACCUGCUUCUACAAGUUCAAAACCAACUACAACUUUGCUGGAAUACGCACGACUAACGAGACCACACGCUAUGGCAAGGACAUGGUCAUCCCCAUCACCAACGGACAUGCACAGACAACCAUAAGUCUACCUAGCUCCAAAUACGAUACUGCUCAACUUAGAGUGGCAGUGAGCAGAGACCGUAAGGUCGAUGCAAAACCCAAUGCAGUUCAGUUCAAUGGUCAGACAUUGUCUUCAAGCUACAUGCUGUUUGAUGCUAUGAGGGCUGGCGGGAAAACAACAUGGAACGUUUGGGUGUUCAAUGUCCCUUCAUCACAGGUCCGUGCAACCAACACCGUCAGCAUGACCUUUGAUGGAGAUGGUGGCCACGUGACAUCCGUCGCACUCGUUGUUUGGAAACUUCUGUAGAUAAAUUUCACUAUGAGAA